AUGUUUAGAGGAACUGUAUUGAACAAGAACCUGGCUCAAUUGGCUCGUGUCCAGGGUAAGAGACACUUAUCUAUCCAUGAAUAUAGGUCUGCUGAAUUACUGAGGAAGUAUGGUGUUGGUACCCCUCGUGGUUUACCGGCCAUGACUCCUGAAGAAGCUGCCAAGGCUGCAGAACAGCUCGGGACCGACAAGCUGGUCAUCAAGGCUCAGGCUUUGACUGGUGGUAGAGGUAAAGGCCAUUUCGACACCGGCUUCAAGAGCGGUGUUCAUAUGAUCUCAUCUCCUCAGGAGGCCUCCAAAUUGGCCAAGGAAAUGCUACAGCACAAAUUGAUUACUAAACAAACUGGUGAGAAGGGUAAGCUAGUGUCUGCCGUUUACAUCGCUGAAAGAGUCGAGACAAAGCAUGAAGCUUAUCUCUCUAUUCUGAUGGACAGAGCAACUGGUAAGCCAAUGAUAAUAUGCUCCAGUGAAGGUGGUAUGAACAUUGAAGAAGUUGCAGAAAAGAACCCAGAUGCCAUUAAGAAGUUUUCAAUCACCGUUUCCGAGGGUCUAAAACCGGAAACAGCUCGUGAAAUUGCUGAGUCUUUGGGUUUCAGUGCCGAUGCUAUCGACGAUGCCCAGGAUGCUGUCAGCAAACUGUAUAAGAUCUUCAGUGAAACCGAUGCCACACAAGUAGAAAUUAACCCAUUGAGUGAGAUUGCUAACAACAAAGACCACAAAGUUAUGUGUACAGAUGCCAAGUUUGGAUUUGAUGACAAUGCUUUCUUCAAGCAAGAAGAGAUUUUCUCCUGGAGAGACUUGACUCAGGAAGACCCAGAUGAAGUAAGUGCCAAGAAAUACGAAUUGAAUUUUGUUAAACUAUUCGGAAACAUCGGAUGUUUGGUCAAUGGUGCUGGUCUAGCCAUGGCUACUAUGGAUGUUAUUAAGUUGAAUGGUGGUGAGCCAGCCAACUUCUUGGACUGUGGUGGUGGUGCCACUCCAGAAACCAUCAAAGAAGGCUUCAGAUUGAUCAUGUCUAAUGAUAAAGUAGAUGCCAUUUUUGUAAAUAUCUUCGGAGGCAUUGUUAGAUGUGAUUUCGUUGCCUUAGGUCUAGUGGAAGCUGCAAAAGAAUUGGGGUUGAGAAUUCCAAUUGUGGCUAGAUUACAAGGUACCAAUUUAGAUGAAGGUCGUCAAAUCAUCAAGGACUCUGGUUUGAAGAUCUACUCAUUCGAUGAAUUGGACCCUGCUGCUAAGAAGGUAGUUGAACUAGCCCACCAUUAA